UUGUGCAUCUCCCUACUGAUCUCUGUAUACAGCUUUUCUUCCCUACUUAACGAUUCUGUAAUAUUGAAGGACUAUUGAAUGCCGCUUGGAUAUUAUGUUCUAAUAAUACGUCACGUUGUUUUGGCAGCACUGUUUUCAAUAAAAUGGCAGCCACGACGGGGGGAAUACUCUUUGGAGGACUCGGAAGUGUGUUGAGAUAUAAUAUAGGCUGCAAUAAUCACAGCAAUAUAUUAUUACAAAUACGUAACUACGCUGCAAGAAAGGGCACAAGGGAAAAAGCACGUAAAGCAAAAGUCAAAACUGUAGUUGAAAAAAUUGGUUUUAUCCCACAAACCCAAAGAAAAGAAUAUUUAUUGAAGCGUGCUACAAAGUUGAAGCCUGUCAUAGUAGAUGAUUCAUGGAAAAGAGCACCAAUUGAUAAUGUGUGGCCAGGAAAGUAUUUUCAAUGGAAGGUUUAUUCAUUUCAAGAGGCAAUAGAAUGUCAUCGUGAAACUCAUCAUCCCACUUCUUAUAAUGAACCAAAUGCAUUUAUUAAUGCUCUUAUCGAAUUGGAUCUAACGGGAGAGAAGAAAAAUAAACUCGUAGGUAGCUUCACCCGAGUAGUAUCCAUACCACACAAAUUUGAUCACGGAGAAAAAAGAACUGUUCUUGCAUUUUGUAAAACUGCAGAAUUACAGAAACUAGCGACUGAUGCUGGAGCCACGGCUGUUGCUGGACCAGAGGAUAUCAAGGAAAUUCAGAUGGGAAAUAUGUCUCUAUCUGAUUAUGACACUGUAGUGGCCCAUCCGAAUAUUUUGACUGAAAUGCUUAUUAUUAGAGGUUUGAUGAAAAAGAAAUUUCCGAAUGCAAGAAAUGGUAAUUUGGAUGCCAACAUAGCUGGCAUCGUAGACAAAUACAUAAAUGGCAUUAAGUAUACUGCCACGCCACACGAACAUAAAAAGGAUUAUGGUGUUAUCAACGUUCCAUUUGGCACACUCACCAUGGAUGUACAGCAUCUUGAAGAAAACUUCAAGUUGUUACUACAAAGUGUUAAUGGGGCACGUCCAAAACGGGAAGGUCCUUUCAUUACCAGAGUCCGUUUGGAAAGCGCGCCGUCCAAGGAACUCUUCAAAAUAGACUUCAGUCAAUACAUCACCGAUAAAGUUACCAAAAUGGACGAGCAUGACGAUGAAGAUGAAGAUGAUGAUGAGCCAGAACAAGUUGUUAGGUCGAUUUAAAGAAUACUAACAAAGUCUACAGUACAAAUAUGUAAAGUACCGUUUAAAUCGUUUUCUCCACGAUACAACGGCAAUACCAACAUAAAGGUCCGCAUCAGACUACAUAAAAUAUAUUAUUUAAUCCUUUAACGAAAGUUGUGGAGAUUGGAAGAAGGCGAUGAGCGGUGAUUGUUAAUACAGCGAAUAUACGAAAUAUACUUUCCA